AUGAAAUUCCUCCCCAUGGAUGAACUGUGCGGUAUUUGCGAGAUCCAUAUUGUUGGGAAGGAGCUUGGAGUCGACGAAAUCAAGGCUCUCCACACAUCUCAAGCGCUUACCCGAAUAAACAUUUCCAAUUGCAGUGGCGUCUGUGACGUGCAGCUUCUAGCUGACUUGAAGCAAAUACAGGAGCUGCACUUGGAAGUUGAUGGUGAGAUACAGAACAUGACCUCACUCAGCCAACUAGCAGAAGUGAGAAGACUAUUAUUGAGCAGCGGAAUCAUACAGGAUAACGAUGAGCGCUGUCUGGGCUUCCUCCAACAGUUGGAGGAACUCUCUCUUCAAAACUGCUACCGGGUUCCAAGCUGUCAGCGUAUCGGUCAACUUCCACUCCUUCGGGUGCUUGAUCUGAGCUUUACUGGCGUCACCGAUGAAGAACUGAUGGGCCUCAGUACGAGUUGCAGUCUUGUGAAGAUUGGACUCUGGGAGUGCAGUGACCUUACAGAUGUGUCUUCUCUCGCAUCCAUCGAGGCCCUGGAAGAGGUGGAUCUGUCUGAUUGUGAAGGUCUGAAGAUUGUUGGUGCCCUUCAGAGGGUACCUAGACUAUAUUGCCUUUUGAAGAGGCAAUGUUAA